AUGGCUUCGUCUAAAUGCCCAAUGAGAGAGGCCAAUGUCGCCGGUGGCGGCACCCGCAACCGCGACUGGUGGCCAAACGACCUCAGACUCAACAUCCUCCGCCAGCACACUCCUGUCUCCAACCCCCUCGACAAAGACUUCAGCUACGCACAAGCCUUCAAGAGCUUGGACUAUGAAGCUGUGAAGAAAGAUCUCCACGCUUUGAUGACAGACUCUCAGGACUGGUGGCCCGCGGACUUUGGUCACUAUGGUGGUCUCUUCGUUCGAAUGGCCUGGCACAGUGCUGGUACCUACCGUGUCACCGACGGUCGUGGUGGCGGUGGUCAAGGUCAACAACGCUUUGCUCCCCUCAACAGCUGGCCCGACAAUGUCAGCUUGGACAAGGCACGCCGCUUGCUCUGGCCCAUUAAGCAGAAGUACGGCGACAAGAUCUCCUGGGCGGAUCUCAUGCUCCUCACUGGCAACGUCGCCCUCGAAUCCAUGGGUGUCAAGACCUUUGGCUUUGCUGGAGGUCGCCCAGACACCUGGGAGGCUGAUGAGUCUGCCUACUGGGGCGGCGAAACCACCUGGCUAGGCAAUGACAUUCGUUACUCGGAGGGCCACGCAGGCAUCGCGGGUGACGGAGUUGUCGAUGGUGAUGAACAUAAAAAAGAUCACAAGGAUAUCCAUACCCGGGACUUGGAGACUCCGCUCGCAGCUGCGCACAUGGGCUUGAUCUACGUCAACCCAGAAGGCCCUGACGGCAUCCCCGACCCUGUUGCUGCCGCUCGAGACAUCCGCACUACUUUUGGCCGCAUGGCUAUGGACGAUACAGAAACCGUUGCCCUGAUUGCCGGUGGCCACUCCUUCGGUAAGACACACGGCGCCGGUCCUUCGGACAAUGUCGGCAAGGAACCACAAGACGCUCCCAUCGAGCAACAGGGUCUGGGUUGGGUCAGCAAGUAUGGCUCCGGCAAGGGCCCGGACACCAUCACCAGCGGUCUCGAAGUCACCUGGACCGGCACUCCCACUAAAUGGAGCAACAAGUACCUCGAAUAUCUCUUCAAGUACGAGUGGGAGCUCACAAAGAGCCCUGCUGGUGCCAACCAGUGGGUUGCAAAGACAGACGACUUGAUCAUCCCCGAUGCCUAUGACCCGAACAAAAAGCACAAGCCAACCAUGUUGACAACCGACCUUUCCCUCCGUUUCGACCCCGCAUACGAAAAGAUCUCACGUCGUUUCCUUGAGCACCCAGAGGAACUCCACGACGCUUUCGCUCGUGCCUGGUUCAAGUUGUUGCACCGUGACAUGGGUCCACGAUCCCGCUGGCUCGGUCCGGAGAUCCCGUCCGAGGUCCUGAUCUGGGAAGACCCUCUUCCUCCUGCCAACCACCCCAUCAUUGACGAGAGUGACAUUUCCAGCCUCAAGCAAAAGAUUCUGGCCACUGGCAUCAAGCCUUCCGACCUGGUGACUGUUGCCUGGGCAUCGGCUUCAACCUUCCGCGGCAGCGACAAGCGGGGCGGCGCCAACGGUGCUCGCAUUCGCCUCGCUCCCCAGAACAAAUGGAAAGCGAACAACCCCCAGACGCUGACUCAAGUGCUCAGCGCUUUGGAGAAGGUACAACAGGAAUUUAACAGCUCCGCAAGCGGUGGCAAGAAGGUGUCACUGGCGGAUCUCAUCGUCCUUGCAGGCAGCGCUGCUGUGGAGAAGGCUGCCGGCAUCCCUGUUCCUUUUACACCUGGGCGCACUGAUGCCACUCAAGAGCAAACCGAUGCCCAAUCUUUCGAACACCUCGAGCCUUUGGUUGAUGGAUUCCGCAACUAUGGCAAGGGAACAAGACGUGCCCGCACCGAACACUUCCUCAUCGAUAAGGCACAGCUGCUGAACCUCUCUGCGCCUGAAAUGACCGUGUUGGUUGGUGGUCUACGUGUCCUGAACGCCAACUGGGAUGGUUCUUCUCAUGGUGUCUUUACCAAGCGCCCUGGUCAACUGACCCCCGACUUCUUCACCAAUCUCCUCGAUAUGGGCACCACCUGGAAGGCCGCCAGCGCUGAUGAGGAACUCUACGAAGGCAUCGACCGCAAGACCGGCCAGAAGAAAUGGACUGCCACUCGCAGUGACCUUGUCUUUGGCUCACACGCCGAGCUACGUGCUAUUUCCGAGGUAUAUGCCAGCGCGGGUAACGAGGAGAAGUUUACCAAAGACUUUGUUGCCGCUUGGGCGAAGGUGAUGAACUUGGACCGAUUCGACGUGGCUUCCGCUCAAGACCCUGCAAGAGCGCGUCUAUAG